GAAUAAAUCAGCACAUAAUGGAAGAAAGAGCAGAAAGCUAUGAUUUAUGCGAUGUUCCUCUUGACUACAAUGGAGAAGAGAACAUUUCGAUCAGUGAUAUGGAGACAAGAAUAACCCAACCGAAAUAUAAAGAUAUGAGCUUGACUACCAAAUCUAAUAAAAGAAGGAUGAAGAAUGACAAACUAGACCAGAGCUAUGAGGAACUUAGGCAUACCCUAAUGACUCCUCCAUCCUUACACAGAAAGAAUUAAGUCAGACAUGCUCUUUCUUUUUCGAACUGAUAAAGAGGAACUGAGAAAGUUGAGACAAACACAAAAGCGGGUGAUAAAGAGAAGAAAAUUAAAUAAAAUAACCAAAACUUUUACCUCAGACUUGAGUAAUAUUGGAAAAGAGCAUGCUCCAGAUCUUACCUCCGAAGACACAGAAAAAGAGCAGGUUAAAAUGGUACGAAAGUUCCAAAGAGAUGGUAGAAUUUCUGAAACUGAUAAGAAGACUCUUGUCAUUUUGAUACUUAAGAAUAAAGGACUAGUUCCGAAAAUCCGUAAAAAUUUAUGGAUGAUACUUACUGAAGCAACCAAGAAUGUAAAUGAUUUCCCUGAUUAUUAUUAUUUCCCAGAAGGUUAUAAGCCUUUAGAAGGACGAAGAAUUCAUGGGUCAAAUUCUGGACUACCUCAAGUUUCUGAAAGGCAUCGUCUGCUUUAUUCCUACCCAGACAUGCCUGAUAUUUACGAACAACAGAUUUUACUUGACCUUGAUAGGACGUUCUCGGAUAUUCCUGAAUUUUGUAAGGAAAAUAGCCAGAAUAAAAGAAUUCUUCUAAACAUUCUACUGUCAUACACAAAGAGGAACCCCCAGAUCGGGUAUUGCCAAGGAAUGAACUAUUUAGCAGCAACACUUUUAAGAGUUUUCGACGAUGAAGAAUUAGCCUUUUGGGGGUUGUGAAAUUUAUGAGAAUCCAUCCUUCCACUAGAUUACUAUUCACACAUGAUUGAGGUGCUGGUCGACCAGAAGGUCUUUGUACACUUGCUUCAAGAAUUGAUGCCAACCUUAUAUGAGCAUCUCCAAAAUCUAGGGUUAGAUGUGGCUUUAGUGUUGUUCCAAUGGUUCAUUUGUCUAUUCGCAUCUCAAUUCAAUCAACAAGUAACUGAAGCAAUCUGGGACCUAAUAUUCUUAGAAGGUUCAGUUGCUGUUUUCAGGUCAUCUUUGGCAAUUUUAAGUAUAAUGGAGGAAGAUAUUUUGGAUGCGAGUGAAUUCUCAGAAAUUUAUCCUAUACUGAACACUAAACCUUUCGAAGUCAUCAAUGAACCUUCAGUUCUCAUGAAAAGUAUCAAGAAGUUUAUCACUCUCAAGCAUGAAAGGAUAAGGGAGCUUAGAAACCAGUACAGACCUAUUAUACUUGAAGAGCAAGCUAAGCUUUCUAACUGUCAGAGUUGAAUUAGGCCACCUAAGCAGGAAUCAAUCGGAUCCAAAAGGAUAAAACUACUCUCAAGAUUCCCUCUGCUAGAUUUCUUCUUGAAAGAUACUCUAACUGAGGAAGGCAAGAUAUAAACGAGAUGACUCUUGACUUAUGCGAUUAUAGCUGCAAAGAAAACCCGAUCUGUCUGUAUGAUUUUACUAUUAGGUCCAAAUCAUGCAACUUUCUGGUCUACAGAGUAGGUAAACCCAUUGAGAUUCUUGGUGAAUAUUUUUACCAAGAGGAAGCUAAUAAGGAGACUCUAAAGUCUCAAAAUUGGCAUAUCUUCACUUCAGAUAAGCCUAAGAUUUGCAAUGAUCAUACUAAAUUUGUUGAAAAAGAUGACUACAAGAAAAUCCAGCAAAGAAAAAUAUGCAAAUACAGUGAUGAUGAUCUCCUCCUCUGAAGGGAGUCCCAUUUAUGAACUAGAGAAGACUUCCAUCACGAAUUCCAGCACCUUUUUAAUAAGAAUUGAAACACUUUGUUAGAUAAUGAUCUUAUUUGCAAUUUUAAAGGAGAUGAGAAAGCUUGAGAAGCUGCAAAGAACCAAGUUUUGCACACACUUAAAGAAGAAAAUCAGAGAAAUAAUAGCCCUGACAGUCAGAAUAAUGAAGCAUCACAGUCAUGUGAAGAGAAUCCUGAUCACGUAUCUAGCAUAUCUUCUGAGCAAAUAAGCCAAAAUGAUUUUGAGAUACCUACAAAUGAAAUUGGAGGAGGAUGGUACUUUCCUGACGAAGAAGUCUUUAAAAAUAUUUGAGAAAUGGACUAUAUAUCAAACCUUGAAAAGUCUUCUGUCAGUCGUUCUUCCGAAUUUAACCCUCUAAUGGCUCUAAAGAACAGAGAAGAGGGAUCAUUCGGUAGUACCUUCAAACUAAUGAGUUCUGUUUUCUUUGACAAAACGACUUAACUCCUUUUAUAUAAAAUACAAAUAUGGUAAAUUUCAA